AUGGACAAGACGAUACAAAUUCACCUGAGAAUAAGGAAUGCUUCAAACAGCAUUUGGGAUGUAGCUGACAACAUUGCUUCAUACACUAUCCAUCAAAGAAAAAUAUCCUUUGACGUCUUUGAUUCAGUGUUUUACAAGGAAAGUACACUUGGAAUUUAUGAAAAGACUGUAAAAAAUAUUGUUGACAAGUUCAAACAAAAUGAAAAUGCGACCAUUUUUGCAUACGGACAAACAGGAAGCGGAAAGACGCACACAAUUAUGGGAGAUACUGAAAAGGGAAUCGUGCAGCUUGCAUUGGAAGAUAUUUUGCCUGAUAAUUUGGAGAUUUCGUUUGUUGAGCUUUUUAAUGAGAAAAUUUUUGAUCUUUUCACUAAAAAAGAGUUAAAAAUGUACUCAUUUGAAGACAAGACUAUUGUUUCAGGAAUGCAUAGCGAAGAAAUUGAAACGUUAAGCCAGGUGGCUUUCUUUGUUGAGAAAUGCUUGGAAAAUAGGAGAAGUGGAAAAACAAGCUUUAACCUGAACUCCUCAAGAAGCCAUGCAAUUCUUCAAAUCAAAAAGAAAGACACAGUGUUGACUUUUAUAGAUCUUGCAGGAAGCGAAAGGGCCUGCUAUGAUGCAAAAAGAAUGAAAGAAGCAUCGUUUAUCAAUAGAUCCCUGCUUGCACUGGGAACCCUGGUUAACAACCUGCUGAACAAUAAGUCCUUUGGAUUCAGAGACUCAAAGUUGACAAGGUUUCUUCAAGACACACUUACCAGAAAAACCAACCUGGUAGCGUUUUGUAUGAUCGAUUCAAGAAAAGAGUGCCUGAGUGAGAGUUUAAGUACUUUAGGCUUUGCUGCAAGACUAGCCAAUCUAGAAAUAAAGGCAAAUGAAACAAAAAUAGACGAAAUCAAAUCCAAAAAUACCAGUGUUGACUUUUAUAAGAUGAGUAGCACAGUAAAUGAAGAAAUAAUCCAAAUUCAAAGACAGAGAAUUGAAGAGCUGGAAAGGAUGGUUUUAACAUUGCUGGAGGAUAUAGAAAACAAGCCAUUAUCUGACGCUUUUGUUUUAGAAAAACAAAUGUAUCAAAUAAAGCUUGACAGUACAAUAACCAAAGCUAAUUCCAAAUAA